CUGCAGGUGGGGUCUUUCGACCCGCACAGCAACCUUCGACCCUCGCUCGGCCCCGGGCUCGGAGCCAUCCCCGGUGGCAAGCCGGCGUAUUCAUUCCACAUCGGGAGUGACGGGACGCUUCAGCCGGUGCCCUUCCCGCCGGACGCCCUCUUGGGGCCCGGGAUCCCGCGACACGCCCGGCAGAUCCACACGCUGCUCCACGGGGAAGUGGUCUGCGCCGUGACCCUGAGCCACCCGACGAAAUACGUCUACACGGGGGGGAAGGGCUGCGUGAAAGUGUGGGACAUCUCGCAGCCGCCGACGGCGUCAACGAAGAAUCUGACGCCGAUCUCGCAGCUGGACUGUCUGCAGAGGGAUAAUUACAUCCGGAGCGUGAAGCUGUUGCCGGACGGCCGGACGCUGAUCGUCGGGGGAGAGGCGAGCACCCUGAGCAUCUGGGACCUGGCGGCGCCGACGCCGAGGAUCAAGGCGGAACUGACGGCGGCCGCGCCGGCGUGUUACGCGCUGGCGAUCAGUCCGGACGCGAAGGUCUGCUUCAGCUGCUGCUCGGACGGGCACAUCGCGGUCUGGGACCUGGCGAACCAGACGCUGGUGAGGCAGUUUCAGGGCCAUACGGACGGGGCGUCCUGCAUCGACAUCAGCCCGGAUGGGAGCCGGCUCUGGACCGGAGGGCUGGACAACACGGUCCGGUCGUGGGACCUCCGCGAGGGCCGCCAGCUGGCGCAGCACGAUUUCAGCUCCCAGAUAUUCUCGCUGGGCUAUUGCCCGACCGGGGAUUGGCUGGCGGUGGGCAUGGAGAGCUCCAACGUGGAGGUUCUGCACACGUCCAAGGCGGACAACAAGUAUCAGCUCCACCUGCACGACUCCUGCGUCCUGUCGCUCAAGUUCGCGCAGUGCGGGAAGUGGUUCAUCUCGACCGGGAAGGAUAAUCUCGUGAACGCGUGGAGGACCCCUUACGGAGCGAGCAUUUUCCAGAGUAAGGAGAGUUCAUCGGUGUUGAGCUGCGACAUCUCCGCCGACGACAAGUACAUCGUGACCGGCUCCGGAGACAAGAAGGCCACCGUCUACGAAGUCAUCUAUUGAAGACACCCAUUUCGUGUUUUAUUCCUCCACCCCUUUCUCCUGUGUUUCUCGCCCCUGCCAUGUUUGUGCCAUGUUGAC